AUGAAUUAUUUUUUAAUUUUAGUGUGUGUACUGCUUUGCUAUUCGGAAAUCAUUAAUGAGAAAAUCAGUCAAUUGCCAUCUGAUUAUAAUCAUAAAUGGUAUGGAGGGUACUUGAAUGACAACCAAAUCUAUUACUAAUUUCUGGUAAGUCAAUCAGAUCCAGAUUCUGAUCCGCUCUUUAUGUGGAUGCAAGGUGGACCAGGUUGCAGUUCACUAUUUGGUAGCUUCUACGAAAUUGGUCCAUUCUAAUUCAAACCCUUAUCAAAUGAAUCAUUCAUCAAUCCAUACGCUUGGAAUAAAAAGGCUAAUUUGCUAUUUCUUGAAUUGCCCAAAGGAGUUGGAUUCUCCAAUCCUUCCAAAUAUUAAAAUGAUGCAUCCGCUGCCUAAGAUGCUUUAGAUGCUUUAUUGGACUUUUUCGUCUAAUUCCCAAAUUAUGAAAAUAGGCCAUUUUAUAUUGGAGGUGAAUCAUAUGCUGGCAUGUAUAUACCCUAUCUUGCAUCCUUGAUUAUCAACUAAUCCAAGAAUACCAUCAAUCUCAAAGGAAUUCUUGUAGGAAAUGGUUGUACAUUGGGUUCUGAAUGCACAGAUUUAAAAUAGCUACCGUUAUUUACUAGCAAAUAUUAAUUUAACAUUUAUUUUUAAAGAGGAUUUCUCAGUCUUGAAGACAAAUAAAAGUAUGAUCAAUUAUGUUUAGAUUUCACAUCCCCUAGAUGCAUUGAAUUACAAAAAUAAUUAUUGGCUAAAAUAUAAUACUCAAGAGUCGAUAUCAAUAACUUGUUGGGUGAAUGUUAUCAUAAUGACCCUGAUGUGUAAUAAGGAAAUGGAUAAAAUAAAAGGAAUCAUCUAAAUAAACGCAAGAGGUUUUUGCAUUUCAAAGGCAUUACUGAAUUACCAUGCAAUUAUGAAUAUGGCAACUAUUUCAUGUUAAAUAAUAAAACUGUCUAAGAUAUCAUACAUGCUAAACAUAUGAAGUGGGGAUCAUGCAGUUCGAGUUUAGACUUCAAGGAAGAUGAGUAAGGAUCAUAUCGAUUCUACUCUCAAUUUUUGCAUUAUGGACUUAAGAUUUGGAUCUAUAGUGGAGAUGUUGACAGCAAUGUACCUAUUACAGGAACUCUGGAUUGGAUUCAAAUGCUUGUUAAGGAAUAAAAUUUAUAGGAAACUGAUCCUUGGAGAGCUUGGUUCAUGGAAGGCAAGAAGCCUAAACAAAGACAAGUUGGUGGAUUGACUUGGGAAUUCAAUAAGUAACUGAGAUUUAUUAGUGUAAGAGGAGCUGGACAUGAAGUUCCCUUUUGGAAACCAUAAGCUGGAUAUGUUCUUUUUGAUAACUUUAUUUAUAAUAACACAAUUUGA